UAUGCAGCUAUAGAAGAUAUCGCUGAGGAAUUAGAAAACAUUGACUUGUACACUUUUGAUUCAACAGAUGUCGAAAUACCUUCGAUAUUCAGACGGUUAAACUUUGAAAUGAAGGCUGCACCAGAAGAUCGAAUCUCACGUGAUAUGAGGUCAAACGUCAACGUGAUGUCUACUAAUUGUUUAAUUUUCACGUCGGGUACAACAGGUUUACCGAAACCUGUUAUUGUGACACAUUUAAAGUGUUUAUUUGCUGGGUUUUUAUUGGCAUACAGAACCAGUACCACUUCAGAUGAUAUACUUUACACAUGUCUUCCCCUUUACCACUCUGCUGGAUCAAUGUUUGGAGUCGGAACUAUAAGAAGAUAUGGAAUAACAAUGGUUCUGUCCGAAAGAUUUUCUGCCAGCAGGUUUUUCCAGGAAUGCCGUCAGCAUAAUGUCACCAUAAUUCAGUACAUAGGAGAAAUGUGCCGCUACUUAGUCAAUAACCCCAAGAAUACAAUUGAUACAGAACACUCAGUAAAGGCUGCCAUUGGAAAUGGACUGAGAAAAGAUAUAUGGAGUGAAUUCCAAAACCGUUUUAAGAUAGAAGAUAUCAUAGAGAUUUAUGGUGCUACUGAACUUUCAUUUGGAUUUGGUAAUCUUUACAAUGCAGUUGGGGCAACUGGACGAAUAACACCUCUAUUGAAAAUUUUACUUCCGAUAGCAUUUAUCAACUUUGACUCUGUUACUAACCAGCCUGUCCGUAAUGAUAAGCGACGAUGUGUUCCGGUGGAGACAGGUGAACCUGGGCUUUUGAUAAUCAGAUUCGAUAAGCGAAUGCCUACUGAGGGAUAUAAAAACAAAGAAGAAGCAAAUAAAAAGAGAUUCCUUUAUAAUGUAUUUAAAGAUGGAGAUAAAUACAUCAAUUCUGGCGACUUACUCUACAUUGACAAGGAUUAUUACAUAUUCUUUUAUGACUUGGCGAUACAUUUAGAUGGAAAGGUGAAAACGUGUCUUCUUCUGAAGUAG